AACAAAAAACCAUAAAGUGUGAUGUGAAUCUCAAAUAGCUUCAUUUGAUAACCAAUCUUCAACUUUUCUUCAUUCCUGUCUCAUAUCCCCAGUUCUAUAUAUUGAGCCCAUUUUUUCCAGACAACAAUACAACUGUAUACUUUUGAAAGAUGUCGGAUUGGGGCCCCGUAUUCGUUGCGGUGGUGCUGUUCGUGCUGCUGUCGCCGGGCCUGCUCAUUCAGGUGCCUGGCCGUAACCGUUUCGUCGAGUUUGGGAAUUUUCAGACCAGUGGAGUUUCCAUUCUUGUUCAUGCCAUCAUUUACUUUGCUCUUAUUUGCAUUUUCUUGUUAGCUAUUGGUAUUCAUGUGUACAUGGGCUGAUCAAAAUUAUCACCUCACCUUCUCUUCACGUUUCUUACAUUCUUGAUGUUGCUGUCCCAAGAUUUUUUUUCUCUUUGAAUUCGAAGUUGUAAUUGAUGUCAAUUAAUGAGUCCUGGUUUAGUUUAUGGAAA